AGAUCUCUCUCUCUGUCUCUGACUUAUAUUUCGGAUCACCACAGGACUUUUUCUCUCUCUAUCUCUCUAUCUCUCUCUCAUUAGAAGAAGAAGAAAAAAAAAAAAAAAAGAACUUAAAGUACCAAACUACACGUUAUCUCUCUCUCUCUCUUUCUUCCCAGAUUUUCAACAAGCCACCACAGAAAGCUAGGAAACAAGACAAACCUUUUGUUUUUUCUUGUCUUUUUUGCCUUUCCGUUGGUGGGCUCUGGUUUUCUUUGGCUACUAUUGGUUGUUUUUCCUGAAACACAUACAAUUAUUGCCUUUCUAGGAUUGUUUUCACACCAAAAAAAUAAAACCCUGUCAAGGGUUAAAAAAAAAAUUCCUUUUGUUUUGUUAAUUUGAGUCUAAUUUUCCUUGCUGGGUUUUUCUUAGCUUUCUGUCUUCAGAGAAACAAAGACUUUGUUUUUGUGCUUGGCUUGGUGGGUUUGCAUUGUUUUUGUCAUUGUGCAGUUGGUGGUAGUUAUAAUUCUGUUCUGGUGACUGUUGAUGAAUUGAUGUCUUUGGCUGUUGGAGCUGUUUCAAGUUCCAAGAACAUGGGGUUUGAUGAAAACAAGGAGGAAGGAGAGAAAAGUACAAGAGAAAUAGAGGAAGCAAAGCAAGAGGGUGAUGAUGAGGGAGGGAAGAUUAGCAGACAGAUGAGUGAAGCUUCUCUAUAUACAACUGAUCAGGAGGAGGAAGAUGAUGAGAGAAGCAAAUUACAGUUGGGUCCUCAGUACACUCUCAAAGAACAACUUGAGAAGGAUAAGGAUGAUGAGAGUCUGAGGAGGUGGAAGGAACAGCUUCUUGGGAGUGUUGAUCUUAACAAUGUCGGAGAAACUCUUGAACCAGAUGUGAAGAUAUUUUGUCUGUCAAUCAUCUCACCUGGUAGAUCUGACAUUGUUCUUCCUAUUCCUGAAGAUGGAAAGCCCAAGGGUAUAUGGUUUACAUUGAAAGAAGUGGACAGUUCAAAAGAGAUGAUUGGUACAUUCAGCCCUCAGAUAGAGCCUUACACACAUAUAAUGCAAGAAGAGACCACCCCUUCUGGCAUGUUUUCCAGAGGAUCAUAUUCGGCUAGAUCAAAGUUUUUAGAUGAUGAUAACAAGUGCUACUUGGAGAUCAACUAUGGCUUUGAUAUCCGAAAGGAAUGGGCUUCAACUUGAGCAGAGAAAUUUACCAAUGAGUGCUAGCAUAAGCCAUAAUUCAGCUGAUAUUCUUAUAUUUACAAUUAGCUUUAGUUUUUCUUUUUUCCUUUUAAUUACUAGAAGAUUCCUGCCUGUGGCUAAGUUACACGCGGUUGGAGUGUAUGGAGAUUAGAGAGAGAAGGAUUCUUUGGUGACUGCUUUUAAUAAAAGAAGAGCUUAGACUGACUUUUUCAUAUCCCUCUUGUACUCUUACCAUAAUUGAUGUAAAGUCUUAAAAAGGGAUGGAGUACUCUUUGGGUCAAUUUAUUUAUAAUAAGCUCUUUGGGUCUCAUCUAUCUGCUACUAGUACUGGGUUGUAAAGCAUUUGGUUUCAGCCAUAACUUUUUUUAAAUAAAUAAAAAGAGAGUUGUAAAGCAUUGGAUA